AUGGGCCAUGCACUACUCCUGCUCAGCCUCACUGCCCUUAUCGCUCCAUCUGUGGGUUACAGUUGCUAUGGCGAUAUAAGUACUCUUCAAGCCCCUGCGAUUUCCUGUACAGCCGUAAGAGCCCCUGACUGCGGAAUGGAUGCAGCAAGGAAGACUGUUGAGACGGACAUCGUACGUCUGAGGAAAUAUGAGAUUCCUAUUAAGAGAGUAGCCAGAAAGCUGUGCUUAGACCCGGCGCUCAUCGCUGCUAUCAUCUCACAGGAGAGCCGUGUUGGCCUUCUCUUAAACAAUGGCUGGGACCAGGGAAGACGCAAGUUUGGCUUGAUGCAGAUUGAUGGACAGCAUGAUAGCCUCUUUGGAACCUGGGAUAGUGAAGAACACAUAAAUCAGUGUUCAGCCAUCCUCGUUGCUGCAAUUAAUGAAGUUCGGGCAAGACAUCCUAGCUGGACCUGGGAACAGCAGCUGAGAGGGGGAAUCUGUGCCUAUCGCUCAAGGAUUGGCAAUUUCCAGGUGUAUGAUGAAGACCCAUGCAGUAGAGACAACUACUAUGUCAAUAACAUUAUUAGGCGAGCCCAGUACUUUAAGAGGCAUGGGUUCUAG